UUUUAAAAACAUCAAAAUAUAAUUAAAAUAUUUGGCAUUAUAAUAUUUAAAAUAAAAAAAAAAGAAAUAACAAAAUUUAUAAUUAAAGAAUAUAAUUUUGAAUCCUAUUAUUUUGAUAAAAUAUCUAAAUUUCUAGUGUAAUUAAAAAAAUGUACAACAUCAAUCGCUUAAAUUUAACCCAAAUGGUCAAUAAAAAUAUACUCGGACACCAGGAAAACAAAUUUUUUAAUGCCACUCAAAUCAAUACAGAAGAUUUCUAUGAACAGGAAAGAUAUACAAGGAAAAUUAAACAAGCUCAAGAACGUCAUAAUUUAGCUGGCAAAAUAAAUAAUAUUGUAUUUCAUGUACAUGAAAAAUUAAGAGAACGCCAAUCUUCACCGAAUAAAUUAAAAGCAAAACCGGUCAAAAAUAAAUCCAAGGAAAAGAUCAUUGAAGAAAAACAACUAGUUUCUUUACAAACCAUCGAAAAUCUAAUUAAUUCGACUGACAAUAUCGAAUGCAAGAACAUGAGUAUACCUCGCAUAAAAGCUUUAUGUAAUGAUAAACAACAAAAACGAGUCCAUAAAUCCACAAAGACAUCAAAUUGCAACAACUAUGAAAAUCAGAAGAGACUUGCAGGAGUCCUUCAACGGCAAAAUGAGCUGCAAAACUUGUUAGAAGAACAGAAACUGAUAAAACAAGGUCGUCAUUCUAUAGCACAAGAUAUUUUUGCUAUGCGCCAUUGUUUAGACGAUAUACAGCAUCGUGUGAAUAAUUCCCUUAAACAACUGGACAACAAAAAGACUUAUUGUGAAUGUCAUGGACUGAUAACUGCAAAAAGUUGUAAAAAGUGCUUUGAAAAAGAGACUAAACAUGAUUAAGUCCCGCAAACCCAGCACACAAUGCACUAUUCCUGGUAAAAGAACUGUUUAAUAGAAUUUAAACAUUUUGAAUACAUUUGUUGUCAAUAAAUUUUAAUAAUUCAAUUUAUGCUUAAUUCAAUGAAAUAUUUAUUUUGUAUUAAAAAUUUU